CUAGCUCCGCCUGCUGCCGCCGUAAUUCCCAUCCCUAGCUCCUACCAUCAGCUGUUGCAUGGGCGCCGACUGUAACCUCCGGGGCCCCAUCCCGGACUCGCUCGCCCGGUUGCCCAAGCUGCAGAAUCUCGACCUCACCAACAACCGCCUCACCGGUUCCAUUCCGCCCUCCUUCACUCGUUUCACCAGCAUAGUCCAGAUUGAGCUCUACAACAACUCUCUCACCGGCGCUCUGCCCCAGGGCUUCUCCAAUCUCACGACCUUGAGGCCUUUCGACGCCUCCGUGAACGACUUGAUCGGGACCAUUCCCGACGAGCUCUGUGGGUUGGACCUCGAGUCGCUCAAUUUGUUCGAGAAUCGGAUUCAAGGGAGCCUGCCUGAGAGUAUAGCCAGCUCCCCCAACUUGUACGAGCUCAAGCUCUUCAAUAAUCAGAUGAACAGGACUCUGCCCGCUCGACUCGGUCUCAACUCCCCGUUGAUGCGGCUGGACGUCUCCUACAAUGGCUUCUCUGGUGGGAUCCCACCGAAUUUGAGCGCCAAAGGACUGCUUGACGAUCUGAUUCUCAUCCACAAUUCUUUCUCCGGGAACAUCCCGGAACAUCUCGAGAAAUGUCGUAGCUUGGGUCGAGUUCGAUUGAGGAACAACCGCUUGUCCGGGCCGCUCCCCGACGACAUGUGGGGACUACCCGGGAUGUACUUGCUUGAGCUCGACGGGAAUUCCUUAACCGGCCAAAUCUCCAGGAAAGUUUCCUCUGCUUUUAACCUCUCACUUCUGCUUAUGUCGAGGAACUAGUUUUCAGGUCCUAUACCUGUCGAGCUGGGAUUUUUGGGGAAUUUGAUUGAAUUCGCGGCCAGCCAUAAUCGACUCAGUGGCCGAAUCCCGCAGAGUUUGGCGCAGAUGAAUCAACUCGGCAGGCUGGUUCUAAGCAGCAAUGAAUUGUCCGGGGAGUUUCCCGCCUGAGCUCAAGGUUGGAACAGCUUGUUUGAGCUCAAUUUGGCCAACAACAACUUGUCCGGCCAAAUCCCAGCCGGGCUAGGAAGCUUGUCGGUGCUCAACUAUCUUGAUCUUUCAGGGAACCGGUUUUCAGGCAAAAUCCCAACAGAUCUCCAGAAGUAGAGCUGGGGUUUUUGGGGAAUUAGUGGCGAGGAAGCGCCCCUUUUCAAUUUGUAAUUAUAAUAUUUUUUUGUUUUAUUUAUUUUACCUUUAAUGUAAAAAUGAGUUGGAAAUGGUAGAAGAUUAAAAUUUAUUUUAUUUA